CUGACAUGCCAGAUCUCGUUAUGAACGUCAAUUCUGCUUCGUCUUGAUCUUUCUCCUCUGGAAAGGCCAAGCAUCAGGUAUAAUUCACUUAUUCAGACGUUCCUGAGUACUGGACAUACCAUAUCUUCCAGAAUACAUUGACAAGAGAGCUGUGAAAGCCUGUCUGCAGAUGAGGUCACAAUGAAGAGCAGGUGUUCAUAGUCCUGGUCCUGGGGACUCAGAGAUACCUUGCAAUUGGAGAUUCCUUAAAAACGAUUGCCUACAGUUACUGUGUAGGGCACUGCAAGGUUGGGUGACCAGGGCCAUCUGGGACUGCCUCCUGGGGGAAUUCAGUUGGUGAAGGCUACCUGUGUCCUGCAUAACUUAAUGAGGAUGGACACGAGGACUAGCAGUGGAUCUGUAGUUUGCCGUCGUGUGCCAGAGGAGAGGUCUGCUGCUCUGCAGGAUAUUUCAAGGAUGGGGGGCCAACAACGCAGCACGGGAGGCAAUCCGUGUGCGGGAGAUCUUCACUUCCUACUUCUUCAGAGGGUGCUGAACACUGGCAACACCAUAGACUACACUGUGCGCAACCAAAGGCUCUUUUUAAGAGCCAUCCACAUUGCAAUAAGAGUAUUCUCAUAUUUUACUUAGCUAUGUCAACUGCAGUUAUUCAAUUCCCAGUUUCUCUCCCUUUGAUUUCUACUUCUCAGGUAAGGGUGCUGUCUGUAUAAAAACAAAACAGGCUCUUUUAAGUCACCCAUAUUGAAAAAAUGUAGAACAAUUAGACACCCUAUAACCCACACCUACACACUCAUGUAUCAAUCGGAUUGAUGGAUUGUGUUGUACAGAUAGCAGGCUCAGGUGUAACUGUGGCUCCUUUCACCUACAAAGAAUAGGCAAAAGGACCACCCAUGGAGAAUAACUACGCUAUAUUGUAUAUAACUACGCUAUAUUGUUUGUUCUCGUGUGUCUGCAUGUUUUUCGGUAUAAAGUACUAGUGGACACCAGGUGAGGCCACAUACAGAUUCCUGUUGAAUGCUGUCUCUUUAAACUACCUUAUUUUCUCAAUAAGUCGCACCUUCACUUCAUCCCUCUCCUCCCUAAAUCCUCUAGGUUAUAUCAGCUGUGUCGGUGAACCCCUCCCGCACCUGAACUGGCUACAUACAGGGCACAGCAUGAUGAGAGGAAAGCUGUAUGAGACGUUGAUGGAGAGGCAUGGCCCGCAUAUCUUUACCCUCUUUGGACUCCUCCCUUCCAGGGAUACCCCAGAGUGUCCUGGCUGUUUCCAUGGAAGCUAAGUACCAAUGCCAGCAGUGUCACCAGGUCCUGAGGAAGCCAGUCCAGGCUCAGUGUGGACAUCGUUUCUGUGUCCAUUGUUUCAAACUGCUCACCAGCUCCGGCCCAAAGCCCUGUGAAGCCUGUCGACAGGAGGAGAUAUAUGAGGAGCCACAGUCCAUUCUCAAUAGUAAUGAGGCUUUUCCAGACAAUGCAGCUGGUAGAGAAAUCGCCAGCCUGCCUGCCAAAUGUAUCAGUGAGGGAUGCUCUUGGACUGGUUGCAUAAAAGAAUAUGAGGCACAACACGAGGGCAAGUGUGAGUAUGAGCGAGUACCAUGUGAAACCUGCCAGGUCCUUAUCCUGCGCAGUGAAAAAGAGAGGCAUAAUGAGAGAGAAUGUGAAGCAAGGACAUUGAACUGCAAGUACUGCAAAGUCUCCUUCAACUUCAAGGAAAUCAAGGCUCAUGAUGAAAUCUGCCAGAAGUUUCCCAUGCAGUGCAAGGACUGUGGAAAGAAAAAGAUCCCACGGGAAAAGUUUCUAGAUCACAGCAGAUCCUGUGCCAAGUCUAAGACUGCAUGUCCGUUCAGUGAGGUCGGCUGCAAGGUUGUGAUUGAUAAUGGGAAGCACAGUGACCACGAGCAGACUAGUGUCAUGGAGCACAUGCGUCUGAUCCUGGCGAUGAUGUCUCUGGUGCGGCUUCAGCGUCCAGAAGCCCCAGGGCUGGGGGAGUGGCAGGAGGACUCUGGGCUGGGCCUGUACCGCGCUCCCGAGGAUGGAGCCACAGCUACUGCAGCCACAGAUGGGGGAGGAGCCGCUGCCUCUGGACAGACCUUUGGUCUUGACCACAAGGUGAGAGCACUGGAGAAUAUAGUGUGUGUAUUGAACAGGGAAGUGGAGAGGAGUUCUCUCACUUUAGAGGCCUUCUCACGGCAACAUCGUCUAGACCAAGACAAGAUUGAGAACCUCGGCAACAAGGUACGUCAACUAGAGCGUACUCUCACCAUGCGGGACCUACAACUGGCUGAGACAGACCAGACUCUGAGAGAACUCCAGUUUUGCACCUUUGAUGGUGUCUUUGUCUGGAAGAUCGCCGACUUCUCACGGCGCCGCCAGGACGCUGUGGCUGGGCGAACACCCGCUAUGUUCUCACCAGCAUUCUACUCAAGUAAAUAUGGCUAUAAGAUGUGUCUGAGACUGUAUCUGAAUGGGGACGGAACAGGUCGAGGGACUCACCUUUCUCUUUUCUUCGUGGUGAUGAGGGGCAAGUGUGACGCUCUGCUCAAAUGGCCCUUCAGUCAGAAGGUGACACUGAUGCUGCUGGAUCAGAAUAACAGGGAGCAUAUCAUUGAUGCCUUCCGGCCUGAUGUAAGCUCCACCUCUUUCCAGCGGCCAAUCAGUGAGAUGAACAUAGCCAGUGGCUGCCCACUCUUCUGCCCAUUGGCUAAACUGGCAGGCAAGAGCUCCUACCUUAGGGAUGACACCAUUUUCAUCAAGGCCAUUGUAGACCUCACUGGCCUGUAGUGACUGUGGAAGUCAAAGGCUUGUAGAAGUGGUGGUCAAAGGUCUGUAGAAACAGGAAGGGGUAGUUAAAGGCCCAAAAAUGCACAGCAGAAGAACACACACAAUGAUGACUUAUGACCAUAAAAUACAUUAAAUUAUAAAUAUAUUAAAUAAUAUAAUAUUAUUAUAAGCAUAAUCUAGGCAGUGUCUAUUUAGCCAGCUAACAGCAUUUGAAUGAAAACUCAGGUGGGUCAGAAAUUCUCUCAGGGAGAGCGCUAUAUCUCAAGCAUUCGGUCCAUUCGUCAGAUCUGCAGGAUUAUAUAGAUAUUGUGAAUUGUAUUCAUUGAAGGCACUGGGAGUCACAUUUGUGGAACCAUCAAGUGUGCAGGAUGCACCACCUGUUGCAUGAUAAGGCAUUUACAGGGGAUUUCCAACAUAUUGUUAAUCAGAUUGCAAUGGAGGGUCUAGCCCACCCCAUAUGGGCCAUCUACGAGUGACGUAUUGUUCACCAUAGUUCACACUGUAAUAUUUAAAGUAAUAGUUACAGAGUCUUAUAGUGGAUGUCAGAAAUAGAUCUCGCAUAUGGUACAAUGGAGCGCCCUUCACUGGUAAUGAAAAGAGAGAUCAGUAGAUUGGACACCAUUGCCUUGAAUUAAUAAGUCUCAACAUCCUUAACAUAAACAUGCAAAUUGUGGUGGACUAUUCAAGCAUUGGUUCAGAGGACCACAGUAUGACUCAUAAUACCCAUAAACCCUAGCAGUCAAACAGGGAAAUGGUUCCAAUCAUUAUUUUCACCAUUAAUUUUUCCCAUAGGGGAUUUUAGAAACACUUAAAAUAAGGGGUUUGUUUCAUGUAGGCUUACCCUGGCAUGACGUUUUGAUAACUGUGUAAAUCUCUCUAGGACAAGGUGACUUUUAUAAAUAUACUCACCUGUAUUUACCCCCAAAUUCAAUGCUAAUUAGCUGCUAAUGUGGCUAUCAUAAAGGACUACAAAUGCCAUGAUGAUCUGGGCGAGACUGCCGAAUCGAGGCAAAGAUAAUAAUGUCUGGAUUAACUAAUGUUAGCGGAAUGUAAUAAUGAAUAAAUUGGCUACAUUUCUUUAUAAAUGGACAAUUCUGUGAACUGUCUUGUGCAAGUUUUAAAUUGACACAAUACCUGUUAGCAAAGGUGUCGGCUAGAGAUGACGUGCAGGAGCUUACAGGGAUUUGUCGUCUUGCAUUAUGUCUACGUUGAUGCCAAUUAGUAAUUUAUUUUCUGCAAGUAAAUCGAGCAGAAUAUAUUGAUAAGUCACCUUGUCCAACAGAGAUUAAUGUGGUUGUCAAAAUGUCCCGACAGGGUGUGCCUCCACGAAUCAUCCCUGAGUUUAAGGGUGUCUAAAAUCCCCUAUGGGGAAAAAAGAAUCGUGUGAAAAUGAUUGGAACCAUUUCCCUGUUUGACCGCUAUGUUUUAUGGGUAUUAUGACACCUUCGCUGUGGGGUUCUUUUGGCCCUCUUGAUCAGCCUAUUUCUCAGUGAUUGUAAAAGAUCUAUAGUGUUAUUUGCUAAUGUUUUAUAAAAAUGUUUGCUAAAGUAUUUUUCACUAGAAAAUUAUUAACCUUACCGGCAAAAUAUACUUUUAACAUCUAAUGCUGUUAGCCGGCUAGAUAACCACUGCCUCUAAAUAAUAUAUAAAUCUCACACACAGUGCAUUCGUAAAGUAUUCAGACCACUUGACUUUUUCCACAUUUUGUUACGUUACAGCCUUAUUCUAAAACUGAUUAAAUUGUUUUUUUUCUUCAUCAAUCUACACACAAUACCUGAAUAAUGACAAAGGAAAAACUGUUUUUUAGAAAUUUUUGCAAAUGUAUUAAAAAUAGAACUUAAAUAUUACAUUUACAUUAGUAUUCAGACCCUUUACUUAGUUGAAGCACCUUUUUGCAGCGAUUACAGCCUUGAGUCUCCUUGGUUAUGACGCUUACAAGCUUGGCACACCUGUACUUGGUGAGUUUCUCCUAUUCUUCUGUGCAGAUCCUCUCAAGCUCUAUCAGGUUGGAUGGGGAGUGUUGCUGAACAGCUAAUUUCAGGUUUCUCCAAAGAUGUUCAAGUGUGGGCUCUAGCUGGGCCACUCAAGGAAAUUCAGAGACUUGUCCCGAAGCCAGUCCUGCUUUGUCUUGGCUGUGUGCUUAAGGUUGUUGUCCUGUUGGAAGAUGAACCUUUGCCCCAGUCUGAGGUCCUGAGCACUCUGGAGCAGGUUUUCAUCAAGGAUCUCUCUGUACUUUGCUCCGUUCAUCUUUUCCUCAAGCCUGACUAGUCUCCCAGUCCCUGCCACUGAAAGAGCAGAUGCAGCAUGAUGCUGUAGUGCCAGGUUUCCUCCAGACGUAACGCUUGGCAUUCAGGCCAAAGAGUUCAAUCUUGGUUUCAUCAGACCAGAAAAUCUUGGUCAGAGUCCUUUAAGUGCAUUUUAGCUAACUCCAAGCAGGCAGUGGGACCUUACCAAAUCAUGUCCAGUCAAGAUGUAGGAACAUCUUAAGGAUGAUCAAUUGAAGCAAGAUGCAGCUGAGCUCAAUUUCAAAUCUCAUAGUAAAGGGUCUGAAUAUUUAUGUAAAUCAGUUGUUUCUGUUUUUGAUUUUUUAUAACUAUGUUUUUUUUUUUAAUCUAAAAACAUGUUUGUCAUUAUGGGGUAUUGUGUGUAGAUUAAUGAGGAUUUAAUCAAUUUUAGAACAAGGCUGUAACGUAACAAAAUGUGGAAAAGGGGAAGGGGUCUGAAUAACUUCCGAAUCCACUGUAUAUACACUACUGUAUGGUGUGUAUAAGUACACCACAGCAUAGACAUAUAAAGUAAAGAUAUGAUUCAAUACAUUAUCAUAUUAUAAAUGAAUUAUAUAAGAUAACUGUUAUGAAGUGAUAAGCUGAGGAAGCUCCUUCUCUUUUCAAAUACUAAAUGCAUCUUUACUUUCAAAUAACAAGCGUAUUUCUAGAUGGUGAGCUCACUCAUAAAUACCCUUUAGCAAGCUAUUAAAUAUGCCAGGGAUGGGCAACUGGUGGCCCGCGGUCCCCUUUUGUAGGCCUGUGGACCAAUAAAGAAAAAAAUAGGUUCGGAUAGGGGGGGGGGUGUAUGAAUGUGGGUACGCAGAGUCACAAGGAAACUGUGGACCCUCGUUAGUUCUGUUUUUGUGUUGGCCCCACCCUCAUCCAAGUUGCCAAUCCCUGAUAUAAGCAAUUGUAUUGAAUAUAACAAUGGAGUGUUUCUGAAUGUUAUUUACUUGUGACGGGCUCUCUUUCUUGUGUAAAGUGAAGAAAGACAAUAUAGUUCUAACAUUAACACAUGCUACAAGUAGAUCGCCUUCACAUUAUUCUGGGUCAUUCAUUAUCUAUGUGUGAUUUACUGAAGCAUUUAUGGUUAAGCUUUUAUGAUUACGUUUCUGCAUGUGUUCAUGUAGAUCUAGUAUGAAUCUUUAAUUAUCACAUCCAUUAAAUUGACAGACUAAGA